UUCCACGGUGCGCGAUACUCCUGCUUGUCCCUCUUUGUCCGGUGGCGAUAGUAGGCCAUGAUAAUUAUGGCAACAUUUGCGUUUUUGAAUGAAUUAUAGCUGAAUGGUGGAUCAACAAGCAUACACCGUGUGAGGACUGGUUUGCUGGCAAUGACACACCAGAGAGUUUCAAUUUAAAGGACAGCAGAGCAAGCAACGGAGAAAGGGUACAGUUUGCUUCCAAGACAGUCUGCAAGAUGGCUAGCUAUCUUCAGUGGCAUGCUAACGUUAGCUAGCAAGCUAAUGUUAGCAUAGUAAACACCAGUUUUCAAAACAUGAUCGAUUGCUUUAUCUUUUAAAUGCUGUGAUACGUGGAAUUGAAUGCACCUUUUCCCAAAUGAGUGUUACAAGGGAAAUCACAGUUUUCGAUAAAUGUUGCAGUGUUGCCGCUACUGGGUGAAAUCUCAACGCUGCUAGCAAGCCACAUUGAAUAGCGUGGCUAGCUGGUUAGCCAAGGUAGUAACUAGCUUGCGUUAGCUAGCUGGUCGUCUUCUUUGCUACACAUCUGUAAGUGAUCAUUAAGAGAGGGGGGUGCUAUGUAACUUGCUACUACUGGCAGUCAAGCCAGGUAGCAAGCAACAGAUGCACUCAGUGAGAAGUGACUGGCUUGCAACGAGACCAACUUGUGCUCAAAACGUGAACUAGCUCAGUUUUACCUGUCGUUUAUUUGGUGACCAAAUCCCGGCGUGACAGACACCGUGGCGAAAGAUUUUCAGCUGUAAAGGAGUGUGCAGACCUGGGCCGGCGUUUUAAUAUAAUAUUCGUGUUAGUUUCUGAUGUUAUAUUACGCAUUUUGACGUUAUUGACAUGACCUGAAGGCAGUAUCCACCUACUCGGCUCGUAGCCUUCAAGACGUCGUCAUUUUUAACUUUUUUUUUCUUGCAUAUGCACGGUGAUAUGCCACUUCACCGACAGUCAUAUUAGCUAAUGGCUGCCGAAUCGGGGAGACUACUGGCGGGACAAGGAAAACGAAGCAAAGCUUCUCAGAUGAAGAGCCCGGAGAAGAAGAAGGCGAGGAAAUCCACCAACCAGGCGGCAGGGUUCUCCCACCUAACGGAGUUUGCACCCCCUCCUACCCCCAUGGUGGACCACCUGGUUGCAUCCAACCCCUUCGACGAUGACUUUGGGCCCCCAUCUCGACCUAGCGUGGCAGGUGGAACAGGCAGUGCUCCAUUUCUUCCCAGUCCAGGUGCAGGCGGAGGAGGUGGGUAUGGUGGUGGAGGCCGAAUGGGCGUAGGCAUGGGCUUCAUGGGAGGCCCAGGAGGACCAGGUGGAGGCCAACCUGGUCGAAGGCCACCAUUUGGCCCUCCAUCCAACGCUGGACCUCACCACCAGCUAGGCUUUGGAGGAAUGCCGGGCUUUGGAGGUGGCGGGGGAGGAGGAGGUGGAUUCCCCCCCGGUGGCCCUUCUCAGUUCAAUAUGCCACCAAACUUCAGUCCACCAAUGCAUCCUGGGCCAGGAUUCAAUCCCAUGUUAUCUCCGGGGGCUAUGGGAGGUCCCGGAGGAGGUGGGCCUCCCCACCCUCGGUUUGGCAUGCCUCCCCAGCAGCAGCAGCAGCACGGACAGGGUGGACACCCAUUCAACAGCCCACCGUUACCUGGUGGUGGAGGCCCUAGAGGGCCCCCACAUGGCCCCCUGCCUCCCAUGGGAGGAAUGGGUCCUGGAAUGAACAUGAUGGGUAGCAUGGGUGGUGGCCCCGGAGGAAACAUGGUGGGGGGGUUACCUGGUAUGCCCCCUCAAGGACAAUUCCCCCCCUCACAGGAUGGUCCAUACCCUGGCCCCAGUCCGCCAGGGCCAGGUAACGAGGAUGGAAAGAACUUUGGGGGAGGAGGGCCACCACCUGGGCCUCAGCAGCAACAUCUUAACCUAAAUCCCAAUGGCCCCCCUCCUAAUAACACCCCUCCUGGCCCUGCUCCUAACUCUGGCCCUCCACAGCAAGGGGGAGGCUUCCCUGGCCACCCUGACGCCCAGCAGCCCAACCCCAACACACCUGGUCAGCCCUCUUCAGCGCCGACACAACCGAACCCCAACUCCUCCCCUACUGGGCCUCUAAAUGGGUCAGGCCAGCCCCAGCAUCAACCCCCCGGUCAGCUACAACCCCCCAACAACAACAACACCCCCAACUCUAACAACUCUACCCAGCAGCAGCAGCAGCAGCAGCAACAACAACAACAACAACAAUCCACCCCACCUCACUCCGGCCCUGGCUCCACCCCUUACAACCAGCAGAACAACACUCCCGGUGCCGGCGGACCCAUGCCCAAUGCGGCCUCCAAUUCGGGUCAGAACAGCAUGACCAACAACGGAGGCAACACUCCAGGCAGCAACCCCAAUCCCCCGUCUAAUUCCACCUCAACCCCAAACACCCAGAGUCCCCUGCCCCCCGGCCCUGCUGCCCCCUCGACCGGGCCUGGCUCCGGCCCUGGAAAACUGGGCGGCCCCGGGAUGGUCUUUCCCUGUGGCCUCUGCAUGGCGGAGGUGCAUGACGACCAGGACGCCAUCCUGUGUGAGGCGUCGUGCCAACGCUGGUUCCACCGUGACUGCACAGGCCUGACAGAGCCAGCAUAUGCGCUGCUGACUCGAGAGAGUGCCGCUGUUUGGGCCUGUGACUUCUGCAUCAAGACCAAGGACAUCCAGGCGGUAUUUGUGCGGCAGGGACUAGGCCAGCUGGUUGCAGCUAACGAGAGUUGAGGAGAGGAUGAAAAAGGAGCAGCAUGGAGGUGCAUCACAUGACGACAAAUGGAGACAUUCUUUGCUUUGAUCGAACUGAAUGAGCUGUGUGUCAUGUCACCUACUUGCCCAACUUUCUCUGGACUAGCCCUUUACUUGUUCACUACCCAGAGAAACACACUCGAUGACUUUCAUGCUUAUCUGUACCACCUUGAGUGACUCUUGGUAUAUGAUUUGUAGUUUUAUUCCCCCCCUAAAGGAGUCAAAUCACAAUGAAUGUUAAACUAAACAGUACUUCAGACAUCUAGCCUGCCAACCAGCAAAGCACUGACACCAACACACUACCUCACACACUUUGUGACUGACUGGCACGGACGCUCCCGCACUGACUGACUGUGAUUGACUCGCCACACUCAUGCACACAUGAGUAAGAUGCUAUUUCGAACACGUAAACCACCUUAGGCGGAGAAAGUAAUGUUAAAAAUAUUCCCUUACUGUGUAUUGACACAAUGACUCAAAGCAUCAUACAUUAAAAACGACUUGAUGUAUUGCAUCUUUAAAUUUGAGGAAAAAAAGAGUGCCUAAAUAAUCUUCAACAGACUUUGGUUUCAUUCAUGAAUUGAUUUUCCAUCAAAAUGCUUUAUCUAGCACUGCCCUUCCACAUUGUGAGCCUUUUUACUGCAAGCAAGUGAGAGAAAAUGGAAGAUAAAAUCAGUAUAUUGCAGCGUAAAAUCUUGUGUUAAGUAAACCGUAUGUUAUUGGUGAAAAAAUGAAAUGUUAAGUUCUUUUGUCUGUUCCUUCAGACAUGCUUACAAACAGACCUGUACUUCUUGUUUCUAUCAUUUUGUACCCAGUGCUGAUUAACCCAAAGGAGACCCUGGCCACGUUUUCAUCCACACCUCACAAAGGAUUUUACCAUUUGAAAUAGUUGUAAAUAUUGGGUAAAAAACAUUUGUCUGGUACUCAGCUCAUCAGUUGUGAACAUGCCACAGAGUUGAGCAAUGAACACAAUUAUUAUUUGAAAUGAUGUGUCUUGGUUGUAUACAGUUUAACAUUUUGGAUUUUAAACAGUACAUUUGAGUCAUCCAUUACUUUUUAUGUCUGCAGUACACAUGAAUCAGUGCUUUUCGAUGGUGUUGGCUUUGCAAGUAGUGACAACAUUUCAUAUCAGAUGUGCAUAGUCCUCUAUAAAAAAAAAAGACAAAAAAAGAGUGGGGGGGUGCAUGUGAACCAAUGCAGUAACUGAUCUGUUUAUGUUUAUAUCUGGCCUCUGCGCUGCAAGAGGCCUUGAAGUAGACCAAAUAACUUAAGAGCGAACAAUACCCAUUUUUCAAAUUUCUGUCACGAUAUAAGGUGUUUAUAACUAUUCUUACUUCUCUCUUUCCCUAUUUUUCUUUAUUCAAUGUCCAAGUUGCCUUUCUUUUUCUUGCUCUCAGCUGUUCCUUUUUAUUUUGUACUGGUGUUUGUGCUGUGCUCUUGCUCUGCUCUGGCGCCUCCUGGUGGACCCCGGAGGAACAGUGGGUCCCACACCAGGUGGGGAAGGGAAAGGUACUGAACUUUGAAGUAAAGACAGAUUUUUUUUGUACUUGUCCAUGUCUGUUUUUAUUCUCAUUCUUUUUUAUUUGUUUGCUAAUUGUUGUAUUAAAAUGAGGGUUGACAAACCCAAUGAAAUUGAUAA